UCAUCUUGCAAGAUGGAAACUCUGCCCCAUUGAACACUCCCUCUCCAUCCUCCUGUCCCGCAGCUCCAGGUCCCCACCAUCUGCUUUUUCUAUGAAUUUGCUCUAGGGACCUCACGUGAGUGGAAUCAUACAUUGUCUUUUAUUUUAUUUUUUUUUUGCGGUACACAGGCCUCUCACUGCUGUGGCCUCUCCCGUUGUGGAGCACGGGCUCCGGACGCGCAGGCCCAGCGGCCAUGGCUCACGGGCCCAGCCGCUCCGCGGCACGUGGGAUCUUCCCGGACCGGGGCACAAACCCGUGUCCCCUGCAUCAGCAGGCGGACUCUCAACCACUGUGCCACCAGGGAAGCCCCAUACAUUGUCUUUUUGUGUCUGGCUUAUUUCACUGGACAUGAUGUCCUCAAGGACCAUCCACGAUGUGGCAUGUGUCAGUACUUCCUUCUUUUUUAAGGCUGAAUAGUGUUCCAUUGUGUGGAUGGACCGCAUUUUGUGGAUGCAUUCAUCUGUCAGUGGACGCUUGGGUAGUUCCACCUUUUGACUACUGUGAAUAAUACUGCAUUGAACAUGACUGUGCAAAUAUGUCUUCUAGUUCCUGCUUUCAGUUCUUUUGGGUACAGACCCAGAAGUGGAAUUGCUGUCUCCUAUGGGGAUUCUAUAUUUAAUUUUUUGAGGAACUGCUGCACUGUUUUCCACAGUGGCUGCACCAACUUUUACGGUCCUACCAGCCACACAAAAGAAUUCCAAUCCCUCCACGCCCUUGCCAACACUUUUCUUUCUUUUUUUUUGUUUUGCGGUAUGCGGGCCUCUCACUGCCGUGGCCUCUCCCACUGCGGAGCACAGGCUCUGGACGCGCAGGCUCAGCGGCCAUGGCUCACGGGCCCAGCGGCUCCGCGGCAUGUGGGAUCUUCCUGAACCAGGGCACGAACCCGCGUCCCCUGCAUCGGCAGGCGGACUCUCAACCACCGCGCCACCAGGGAAGCCCCCUCUUCUUCUUUUGACUCACCAGUGCCCCAGGUCAGCGAGCCGAGGGCCCCGGACUCCAGUCGGAUGCAGAUGCCGCCGGGGAACCCACUGCUGUUGUCGCUCACGCUGCAGGAGCUGCUGGCCAAGGACGCUGUGCAGGUGGAGCUCAUCCCCGAGAAGAAGGGCCUCUUCCUCAAGCACGUGGAGUAUGAGGUUUCCAGCCAGCGCUUCAAGUCCUGCGUGUAUCGACGGUACAAUGACUUCGUGGUCUUCCACGAGAUGCUGCUGCAGAAGUUCCCGUACCGCAUGGUGCCGGCCCUCCCGCCCAAGAGGAUGCUGGGAGCCGACAGGGAGUUCAUCGAGGCCCGGAGGAGAGCACUGAAGCGCUUCAUCAACCUGGUGGCCCGGCACCCGCCCUUCUCCGAGGACGUUGUUCUCAAGCUCUUCCUGUCCUUCAGUGGCCCCGAUGUGCAGAACAAGUUGAAGGAAUGCGCUCAGUGUGUGGGAGACGAGUUCAUGAACUGUAAGCUGGCUGCUCGGGCCAAGGACUUCCUCCCAGCCGACAUCCAGACUCAGUUCGCCAUCAGCCGGGAGCUGAUUCGCAACAUCUACAACAGCUUCCACAAGCUCCGCGACAGGGCCGAGCGGAUGGUGUCGCGGACCAUCGACAAUGCUGCUGACCUCCUCAUCUUCGGGAAGGAGCUGAGUGCUUUAGGGUCUGACACGACCCCGCUCCCCUCCUGGGCCACUCUGAACAGUAGCACGUGGGGGUCCCUCAAACAGGCGCUGAAAGGCCUGUCCGUUGAAUUUGCACUGCUCGCUGACAAGGCUGCACAGCAGGGCAAACAGGAGGAGAACGACGUGGUGGAGAAACUGAACCUCUUCCUGGAUUUGCUCCAGUCCUAUAAAGACCUGUGUGAGCGGCACGAGAAGGGCGUGCUGCACAGGCACCAGCGGGCGCUGCACAAGUACAGCCUGAUGAAGAGGCAGCUGAUGAGCGCCGCCGUGCAGAACCGCGAGCCCGAGUCUGUGGAGCAGCUGGAGUCCCGCAUCGUGGAGCAGGAGAACGUGAUCCAGACGAUGGAGCUUCGCAACUACUUCUCCCUGUACUGCCUGCACCAGGAGACGCAGCUGGUCCACGUCUACCUGCCCCUUACCUCCCACAUCCUCGGGGCCUUCGUCAGCUCACAGAUCCAGGGGCACAAGGAGAUGAGCAAGGUGUGGAAUGACCUGCAGCCCAAGCUACAGUGCCUCUUCGCUGGACCGCACGGCGCCCCAAGCCCACUGAGGUCCCCGCAGGACGGCCUGUCUCCUCACUAGUGCCGGGAGGAUGUGGGCGGCAGCUCCGGCGCCCUCACUAAAACUUCUUUCCAAA